CUGAGGAGUGGCUCCUUGCCUAAUCUCUUGGGCUGGGUGGGGGCGGGGAUGAAGAGGUCUGGAGGAUUGGGGAGCUGGAACUGAUGGCAACUGGACAGCUGCCCUGUGGUCACGAGCACUUCUGCCUAAGGUGCUGUCACGGCGCACACGCUGUUUAUUUAGGUCCUCUGAUUCUGGGGCAGCUCUGGAACAAAGAAGGAGAAAAUGAAAGUGAACGCAGGCUCCCCAGCAGCAGGGUUCCAUUCUGGACUGAGCUUUUUCCUCCCAGCAUCCCCUGAUUUUCUUUCCUCCUUUGCUCCCUUACGUUACACCAACCCACCUCGCAGCCAGAGGCGGUUAGGGCCCAUUAUGCAAAUGCUUUGGACAACAACUUCCGUGCUUGGUAUUCAGAAAGUACUGCAGAUGUAGAUCUCAAAGAAGGGGGUUUUGUACACGUUGUAGCGGGUACAGCUAAUCAGAUGUGCAGGUUAACAAGGGAUGCCUGAUGAAUGAACUGGUAAACCUGGAGCUGAGUGAGACUCCUGGGCUAAGUGACACUCCUUGUGGGGGACAUGGCUGAGUGGGUGUGGGGGGAGUAUUAGCUACACUCCCUAAGACACUGUCUGCAGUGGCCCUGUUUACUGUUGUCCUCCUGUUGAGGAAACACAAUUGUGAGUCAGCCGUUUAUGAAUGUGCAACCAGGAAAUGACAGUCAAAAGACAUGCCCAGAAACUCAAAGCUGAGUUCAUACUUCACGGUUUUUUUCAACCACACUGCUUCAAUAAUAACACGAAGGGUUACGGAGAGAACGAACAGAAAGAGCAGUGAGUAUGGGGCUUCAAUAAAAACAGGAAGGGUUACGGAGAGAACGAACAGAAAGAGCAGAGAGUGUGGGGUGAUAAGCCUCACCUGGGAUAAAGAAAGUCAGAUGGACCAAGACAAAGAAAUCCACUUUUCUUCUUAAAGGAGCUUGCAUACACCUCCCACUACCCCCAGAAGCUGCCAGUUACAGCUGAGAUGUCAGAAGACAGAACAUAUCAGCCCAAUUCCUACCCCGAGAUUCUCUUCGAGUCCCAAAGAAACACACGUGUUCAUUUCUCAAGAAAAAGGCACUGACUAUCAUGGAGACCACGGACCAUUACACACCUCAGGGUGGGUCCUCAUUCGCGGGUGGUCAGAGGACCGUUGGCAAAGAUGAUCCUCUGUUGAUCAAAGCUGUUGAAGAGGGAGAUGUUGUCAGGGUCCAGCAAUUGUUAGAACAAGGGGCUAAUGUCAAUGUCUGUGAAAACUAUUGGGGCUGGACACCUUUGCAUAUUGCUGUGGAUGCUGGCAGGGUAGACAUUGUGAAACUCCUGCUUAGUCAUGGUGCUGACCCUCAACGGAGGAAGAAUAAUGGGGCCACCCCCUUCAUCAUUGCUGGGAUCCGUGGAGAUGUGAGCCUGCUCGAGAUUCUCCUCUCUCAUAGUGCAGACAUCAAUGAGUGUGAUGAGAAUGGAUUUACGGCUUUCAUGGAAGCUGCUGAGUAUGGUAAGGUUGAAGCUUUAAGAUUCCUUUUUGAUAAGGGAGCCAACGUGAAUUUGAGACGGCAGACAACGAAAGACAAAAUGCGAUUGAAGAAAGGAGGCGCCACAGCUCUCAUGAGCGCUGCUGAGCAUGGGCACCUGGAAGUCCUGAGAAUUCUCCUCAACGAAAUGAAGGCAGAAGUCGAUGCUCGGGACAACAUGGGCAGAAAUGCCUUGAUCCGUACUCUGCUGAACCAUGAUUGUAAACAUGUAGAGGAGAUUACCUCAAUUUUGAUUCAACAGGGGUCUGAUGUGAACGUGAGAGGAGAAAGAGGGAAGACACCCCUGAUCUCAGCAGUGGAGAGGAAGCACACUCGUUUGGUGCAGAUGCUCCUGAGUCAGGAGGGCAUAAACAUGGAUGACAGGGAUAGCGAUGGCAAGACAGCUCUGCUAAUUGCUGUUGAACUCAAACUGAAAGAAAUUGCCCAGUUGCUUCUUGAAAAGGGAGCCGAUAUCAAGUGUGGCGAUCUUAUUGGGAUAGCGAAGAGGAAUUAUGACCAUUGCCUUGUAGACCUUCUUCUCUUUUAUGAAGCUAAACGUAACACCAACCCUCCUGCUGGAGACUGGUUGCCUCAUAGUUCACGUUGGGGGGAAGCCUUGAAAAGACUCCACAGUAUGACUCGACCCAUGAUUGGCAAACUCAAGAUCUUCCUGCACAUUGACUAUAAAAUAGCUGGCACUUCCGAAGGGGCCGUCUACCUAGGGAUCUAUGACAAUCAAGAGGUGGCUGUCAAGGUCUUCCAUGAGAAUAGCACCCGGGGAUAUAAGGAAGUCUCUUGUUUGCGGAACUGCCGCGACCACAGUAACUUAGUGGCUCUCUAUGGAAGUGAAGACCACAAGGGCUGUUUAUAUGUGUGUGUGUCCCUGUGUGAGUGGACACUGGAAGAGUUCCUGAAUGAACCCAGAGAAGAACCUGUGGAGAAUGGGGAAGAUAAGUUUGCCCACAGCAUUCUAUCGUCUAUAUUUAAGGGUGUUCAAAAACUACACUUGCAUGGAUACGCCCAUCAGGACCUGCAACCACAAAACAUCUUAAUAGAUUCCAAGAAAGCUGUUCGGCUGGCUGAUUUUGAUCAGAGCAUCCAAUGGAAGGAAGAGUCACAGGCAGUCGAGAGAGACUUGGAGGAUCUUGGACGGCUGGUUCUCUAUGUGGUAAAGAGAGGUGAGAUCCCCUUUGAGACACUAAAGGCUCAGAGUGAUGAAGAGUUGCUUACAGCGUCUCCAGACGAGGAGACUAAGGACCUCAUUCAUUGCCUGUUUUCUCCUGGGGAAAAACUGUCUGAUGUAAAGAACUGUCUGAUGGACCUACUUGCCCAUCCUUUCUUUUGGACUUGGGAGAAUCGCUUUGGAACACUUCGGAAAGUAGGAAAUGAAUCUGACAUCAAAGUACGAAAGAGUAAAAGUGAGCUUCUCAAACUGCUGCAGCCUCAGCUACUCGAGCCUUCCCGAAGCUUUGAUCAGUGGACAUCUAAGAUCAACAAAUAUGUUAUGGAUGAAAUGAAUAGUUUCUAUAAAAGGCGCCAAAACCUUUAUCAGGAUACUGUAGGUGAUCUACUGAAGUUUAUUCGGAAUAUAGGAGAACACAUCAAUGAGGAAAAAAAUAAGGAAAUGAAGGAGAUACUUGGAGACCCCUCUCGUUAUUUUCAGGAGACAUUUCCAGAUCUCGUAAUCUAUAUCUACAAGAAACUAAAGGGAACGGAAUACAGAAAACACUUUCCUCAGGCUCCACCAUGCCUCGGUGUGCCAGAGGCAGUGGGACCAGGGGUCAUGCAGACCUGAGUCUUGCCAGUUCAUGGGACCAGGGGUCAUGCAGACCUGAGUCUUGCCAGUUCAUGGGACCAGGAGUCAUGCAGACCUGAGUCUUGCCAGUUCAUGGGACCAUUUUUUCAAUCAGUAUAGUUCUUGGCAAGUUGUACAUUUCUGCUCUCUUAAGCAGUCUGGUUGCUUUGUGGGCAAUGGUUAGAUAGCCAUUGUGUCAGUUUCUGAUACAGUAAGUUCUACACAUUUGUACGGUCACAAAGCAGUCUACUACAAAACUAUACUACUCCAUUUUAGUAGAUAGAACUGGGAGAGCCUUCUGUUAAGAUUUUGUUUAAAAAAAACAUUAGUGUGUGUGUGUGUGUGUGUGUGUGUGAGAGAGAGAGAGAGAGAGAGAGAGAGAGACAGAGAGAGAGAGAGAGAG